AUUUACGUUCAAAAACGCGAACUUUGGAGGGGGGAAGGAUUUUCUCACAAUGAGUUCAUAGUACAACGGAUCAACAAUACUCAGUUAUUCUCUUCUCGUUAAAUUCUCUCUCGCUUUUGCUUCCUUAAGACUUCAAAGAAAAGGCGAUCACCAAGGGUUUGGAGAUUCUGAUUAUCAGUUCAGUUUCGACAAUAGCUUUGGCUUUUCGCGUGAUUCACAGCUUUCCGUUUCCGCUUCAGGUUCUUUGUUCUUUCCUUGAUGUCCCUCGAGGAACUUUCAUUCAGAAAACUAUUAAAAUCGUGCUCCGGAGCUGUCACUUUCUACCUUUCUACUUAAUAUUCUGACUAUGAAACUACAGAACAUCUAUAGAAUGGGAGUCCUUCUGGGCAGCGGAGUUGGUAAAAAUUCAAAUGAAACUAUGAGGCUUAUUAUAGCAACAUUUUUUGGAGUAGCUUUUGGCCUCUUAAUAGGAGUAUCUUUUCAACCAUUUUCAUUGACUAGGCCAAGUCUCCCGCCCAGCAUUGCUCCUAUAGGUCAUAGCUCAUACAUUGAUGAAAAAAGAUUAGGUGUCUCAACCAUAAGGAAUAAUACUACCGGCUCAACUCAACCUCCAAAUUUGAAUGAUACAUCAAAGAUAUGGAUUCCAUCGAAUCCUCGCGGUGCAGAAAGACUGCCUCCAGGAAUUGUUGCAGCUGAGUCAGACUUAUAUUUGCGGAGACUCUGGGGACUACCCAAAGAUGAUUUGACUAGGAAGCCAAAGUAUUUAGUCACGUUCACUGUGGGUUAUGAGCAGAAAAAAAAUAUUGACGCUGCAGUGAAAAAGUUUUCAGAAGAUUUUACAAUCCUUCUUUUUCACUAUGAUGGCCGAACAAGUGAAUGGGAAGAAUUUGAGUGGUCAAAGCGUGCUAUUCAUGUGAGCGCUAGGAAGCAAACAAAAUGGUGGUAUGCCAAGCGGUUUUUGCAUCCUGACAUUGUGGCGCCAUAUGACUACAUAUUUAUCUGGGAUGAAGAUUUGGGACUUGAGCAUUUUAAAGCGGAAGAAUACAUAAAAUUAGUGAGGAAGUAUGGAUUAGAGAUUUCACAGCCCGCUUUGGAUCCUAACAAACGGUGUACGUGGAAAAUGACAAAGAGAAGAAGUGAUCAUGAAGUUCACAAGGAAAGUGGUGAGUCAAAGGAACAAUGCUCAGGGACACAUCAGCCUCCUUGUGCAGCGUUCGUUGAGAUCAUGGCUCCAGUAUUUUCAAGAGAUGCUUGGCGAUGUGUCUGGCACAUGCUUCAGAAUGACCUGGUACAUGGAUGGGGUCUUGACUUUAAUUUCAGAAGAUGUGCACAGCCUGCCCAUGAGAAGAUAGGAGUUGUAGAUGCUCAGUGGAUUGUUCAUCAAUCUGUUCCCUCACUUGGGAAUCAGGGUCAAGCAGAAAAUGGGAAAGCACCAUGGCGAGCGGUGAAGGAAAGAUGUACAAGGGAGUGGAAAAUGUUCCGGAAUCGGUUUGAGAAGGCAGAUAAAGAAUAUUUCAAGUCCUCGGCCACAAAUCAUUCAGAAUAUACUACUCAUUAGAUAACAGAGUAUAGAAGCCAAUCACAGGUCAUGAUAUUGUAUUCAUUUAACAAUUAUUCAUCAAUAAAUCACCAUUCUUUUUUCU